AUGACCGCUGUUACCCAAUCUCAAGUAGAUCAUUUGAUUACUGAAUUAGUACCGCAUGUGGACACAGAAGCACAUCAGGAAGAACUAGGCUUAAAAGUGUAUGAAUGCUUUCUAAAGGCUAAACCAGAAUAUAUUUGUAAAUUUUCAAGACUUCAAGGACUUGAUGUUAGUAAUUUUGCACAAUCAGAAGGGCUCAAGUACUACGCAAGAACUUUGGUUGCGGCUCUUGUGCCGAUAAUUAAAGCUGCAGCAAAUAAGUGUGAAUUAGAUAAACUUUGCAUGGAUGAAGCUAAUAUGCACAGAAAUCGUCAAGUUAACGAACAAAUAUUUCUAGAUUCACUGCCAAUAUUCAUUGAAUUUUUCAACAAUUUCAUCAAUGAUGAACAAAAUAAAGAAACAAUGAGUAAAAUAUUGACUUACGUCUUCAAAACAAUCGGUUCUCAAAUUUAA